UACAGUCCCCAGCAUGCCCCGCGGCGGCCGAGGGGACCACAUGACCGCGCCUCUCCCAUGAGGCGGUCACAUGAACUAGGGGAAAAUGGCUGCGUUGACUGCAGAAAACUUUGGGGCUCUCCAGAGCCUGCUGAAGGCUUCCUCAAAAGACGUUGUCAGACAACUAUGCCAACAGAGCUUUUCCAGUUCAGCCCUCGGCUCGAAAGAACUGCUGGAUACCACGUGUUCCAGCUUGUCGGUGACCCAGGAGGAGGCAGAGCAACUGCUCCAGGCCCUGCACCGCCUCACCAGGCUGGCAGUGUUCUGGGACCUGUCCACCCCCGAGGCCGUGCUGGCUCUCUUUCCUGCAAAUUUCCACCAGAAUCUCAAAAACCUGCUGACAAAAAUCAUCCUAGAAAACAUAUCUACGUGGCGAGCAGAAGCCCAGGCUAACCUGAUCUCUCUGCCGCGCCUGGUGGACCUGGACUGGAGAGUGGACAUCAAAACCGCCUCCGACAGCAUCAGCCGCAUGGUGGUGCCCACCUGCCUGCUCCAGAUGAAGAUCAAGGAAGACCCCAGUCUGUGCGGGGACCGCCCCUCCGUCUCCGCCGUCACCAUGGAGCUGAGCAAGGAAACGCUGGACACUAUGUUAGACGGGCUGGGCCGCAUCCGGGACCAGCUUUCUGCCGUGGCCAACAAAUGACCCUGCCGGCUGCCGGCCCCACUGCCCAUGCCCCGGCUGCUGCCAGCGAUGGAGCAUCUCCCGACUGGACUGACACCAGCAACUCCACUAACACCAGCGGGCUGCCCUGGU